UCUAAAAUUCUAAAAUUCAAAAUUUAUACAACUAUGUUUGUAUCAUUGUAUGGUCUUGUAGAUGCGGGACUCCAAAUGGAUCUCAUAUGGUCUCCGGAGGGAGAGGAUGGAGACGCAGAGGCAAUUUUUUUUAUUGCGAAAGACUAAAAUAAACAGAAAGGCUAAUGGAGAUAUUUGGUGUCAAGUUGUCUUAGGAGCCAUCGAAUGUGUCACACAUUAUUCACUCACAAUUAGUCAAGGACUCUCAUCCUGUGUGAUUGCUAUUUCCCCAUUGAGAUUGAGAUUCAGGGUGAGAGACUCUUGCCAUCUGAAGACCAAAGAAAGAUGUUUAUCCUCUCUGUUCUUACUCCCGUUGCUGGAGGAGUAGUGAAUAAGGUGGCUUUACUUGCUACUGAUCAAUUGAGACUCGAAAUCAUCUGCUGUUUCCGCAAAGAGCUAAAUAAUCUCAAAGAAUCCUCAACUCUAAUUGCAAAUAUAAUCCAGGAUGCUGCUCAUGAACCUGAAGAUGGGGAUAUGCGGGCAAGGGCCGAGUGGAUGAAGAGGCUUAUAAGCGUAGCUUAUAAUGCAGAAGAUAUCCUAGAUAAAUGUCAAUAUGAAGUUUAUCGGAUGGUCAUAAAGGAGACAAGCCUCGAUAAGAAGAUAUUCGGCUUCUUCUGCAACAAUCCUCUAGUAUUUCGUCUCAAGAUGGCACGCAAGAUUUACAAAAUCAACACAUCCUUGGAGGAUCUCAACAAGCAAGCAGCUGGCGUGGGACUCGUCAGAUCAAAUGGAGGUGCAGCAGCCAGUCAAGGCAUGCAGGACAGGGAAACAACCUCAUUCUUUGAGAAAAAUGAAUUCACCUUCAAAGAUGCAAUCAUUGUUGGAAGGGCUCAGGUUGUGUCAGAUAUAAUUGCAACCUUGACUAACUCCAACAAUCAAGAAAAUAUUCUUUCGGUGAUGGCCAUUGUGGGAUUGGGAGGCCUAGGUAAAACAACUUUGGCUCGCUUAAUUACCAAGCAACUAAAAGAAGGAGAAAUGGGAAAGUACUUUGAUACAACACUCUGGGUGUACGUAUCUAAUACUUUUGAUGUCAAUUCAAUUUUACGUCGAAUGCUAGAGUCAUGUGACGCGACGGGGGCAAAUCUUUCAAGUCGGGAAGCAUUGAUUGAAAGCCUCCACGGUAAGUUGAAAGACAAAAGGUAUUUUCUUGUACUUGAUGAUGUUUGGAAUGAGGAUGCUAAUAAUUGGAAUGAUUUCAAGAGUUGUUUGUUGCAACUAAAUUCUGCCAAAGGAAGCUCUGUGAUUGUCACCACCCGUAGAUCCAAUGUUGCAUCAAUCAUGGAAACACUUCCUAGGUGGAAUUUAGAAACUUUAUCGGAUGAUGAAUGUUGGUCCAUAUUGAAGGAUAGAGCAUUUGCAGAUCCUAAUGCUCCCAUAGCUUCAGAACUAGAGGAAAUCGGAAGGGUCGACAUUGCCAAAAAGUGUGCUGGUCUUCCAUUGGCGGCAAAGGUUUUGGGAAGCUUGAUGCGUUCUAAGAACAGUAUGGAGGAAUGGUUGUCAAUUCUAGAAAGUCAAAUAUGGCAGUUAUCAUCCGACAAUGAGGAUAGCAGGAUCAUGUCAGUUUUGAAGUUGAGUUUUGACAAAUUGUCAACACCACUGAAACAAUGUUUUGCAUAUUGCUCCAUGUUCAAGAGAGGUUACUCAAUUGAAAGGGAUAAGUUGAUCCAACUAUGGAUGGCUCAAGGUUUUCUCCAUCCUUCUCAUGGUCCCCAAACCAAGCAAGAGAUUGAAAUGGAGGAUAUAGGCAAUAAGUAUUUUGAGACUCUACUAGAGAACUCCUUGUUUCAAGAUGCUACAGAGUAUGAGGAUGACUGUGGUGUUAUCACCACCAGAUGCAAGAUGCAUGAUCUUGUGCAUGAUCUUGCAAACGAAGUAUCCAAGUGUGAGAGCUUGACACCAGACUUCCCUCAUGAGAAGGAUGAUCCUGAUAUACUUAUUCGACAUGUUGCAUGGAUUCAUACUCCGAUGCUUGAAGAAAUGUCAAAAGGAAGUAUUUCAAAACUACGAUCACUCUUUUCAAAUGGCCCUAUCUCUAAUACCAUUUUUCCAAAGUUUAGAGUUUUACGUGUCUUAAGUUUUUGCCAGACUGAGAAUCAAGAGGUGCUGAGUGACUUGGGGUAUUCAGAGAGCGACUUGGGGUAUUCAGAUCUUUCCGAUAGAAAAAUUGAAGCACUCCCAAAGUCUAUUGGCAAGUUGAAGCACUUGAGGUAUUUAGAUCUUUCCGAUAUAAAAAUUGAAGCACUCCCAAAGUCUAUUGGCAAGCUCUAUAACCUCCAAACAUUGAGAUUACCGUGGUUGCUCGAAAAGUGUCCAAAGGAGAUUCUAAAUUUGAUCAACCUGAGGCAUUUUGACUUUGGUGAGGAAUUGAAAUUUGAGGCUGGGAUUUUGGGGCGGUUAACUAAUCUCCGAGCAUUGCCUUUCUUUAAUGUGGCUGAGGAGAGAGGUCCUGCAAUUAAGGAGUUGGGUGGGUUGAACCAAUUGAGAGGCCACUUAAUUAUUCUGAAGCUAGAACAUGUAAGGGAUGGAGAAGAAGCAAACAAGGCUUGCUUAGUGCAGAAGAGUCACUUACGGGAGCUAACAUUUAAAUGGACAUACGGGAGGUUUCCUGAGGAAAAUGAGAUGGAUGUACUAGAUGGCUUGGAACCUCAUGGUAACUUGCAAAGCUUGAAGAUUGAAAAUUUCAUGGGUGCUAGAUUUCCGUCAUGGAUAACGAGUCUCCAAAAUUUGAAGCAGAUUCGAUUAGAGCACUGCGACAAUUGUGAAGAAGUCCCAACACUCGGCCACCUGCCUAAUCUAAGAUCUCUUGAGAUUAAAUGGAUGAAAAAGCUGAAACGUGUGGGAGUUGAGUUUUAUGGUUAUAGUGAUACUAGCACAACUUUAUUUCCAGCUCUAAAAACACUAUCCAUCUAUGAGUGCCAUGAGCUCAUUGAAUGGAUGGAAGCACCGAGGAUAUCAGCUGAAGGAGAGGUCGUGGUAUUUCCUUGCCUCGAAGAGUUGAGCAUAUAUAAUUGUGACAGCCUAGAGUCGAUUCGGAUCACACGGGGCAUCGCAUGUCUCUGUGAAUUGAACAUCUCUAGUUGUAAGGGAUUAUCAAGCCUGGAGGUUGGGCUUGAUCACUGCACCUCUCUCCAGGCAUUGACUAUAGAUCAUUGCCCUAAUCUGAUGUCCAUUCCAACAGCAGAGGGCAUUCCAUCUCUCCAGAUGUUGCGGAUUUGGGAUUGUGAGGGAUUAUCAAGCCUAGGAAGUGGGCUCAACUACUGCACCUCUCUUCAGGAAUUAGAGAUAAGGGAUUGUGAUAAUCUAACAUCAAUUCCAAUCACACAGGGUAUCGCAUGUCUCUGUGAAUUGAACAUAUCUAGUUGUAAGGGAUUAUCAAGCCUGGAGGUUGGGCUUGAUCACUGCACCUCUCUCCAGGUGUUGACUAUAGAUCAUUGCCCUAAUCUGAUGUCCAUUCCAACAGCAGAGGGCAUGCCAUCUCUCCAGAUGUUGCGGAUCUGGGAUUGUGAGGGAUUAUCAAGCAUAGGAAGUGGGCUCAACUACUGCACCUCUCUUCAGGAAUUAGAUGUACGCCAUUGUCACAAUCUGACAUCAAUUCCAAUCACACAGGGCAUCACAUCUCUCCAGAGGUUGAGGAUUAUUCGUUGUCAAAGAUUAUUAAGCCUACCGAAUGGGCUCCAAUUCUGCACCUCUCUUCAUGUGUUGGAGAUAAUUGAUUGCCCUAAUCUGGUUUCAAUUCCAACCGCACAGGGCAUACCGUCUCUCUGGACAUUGAAUCUCGUAGCGUGUAAUGGAUUAUCAAGCCUAGGAAGUGGGCUCAACUACUGCACCUCUCUUCAGGAAUUGAAGAUUGAAGAUUGUCUCAAUCUAACAUCAAUUCCAAUCACACAGGGCAUCACAUCUCUAUGGAGCUUGAGGAUUGCUAAUUGUCGGAGAUUAUUAAGCCUACCGAGUGGGCUCCAAUUCUGCACCUCUCUUCAGGAAUUGGAGCUACGGGAAUGUCCUAUUCUAACAUCAAUUCCAACCGCACAGGGUAUGUCGUCUCUCCGUAAAUUGAUUAUCAAAUGGUGUAGGGCAUCGUCAAGCCUAGGAAGUGGGCUCAACUACUGCACCUCUCUUCAGGAAUUGCAGAUAACGGAUUGUCACAAUCUAACAUUAAUUCCAAUCACACAGGGCAUCACAUCUCUCCGGAUCGUGAGGAUUGCUGGUUGUCAGAGAUUAUUAAGCCUACCGAGUGGGCUCCAAUUCUGCGCCUCUCUUCAGGAUUUGGAAAUAGCUGAUUGCUCUAGUCUAGUAUCUAUGUCAGUAUCAUAUGUGUGCGACCACCCGGACUCAACGAAUCAACUGGAGCAAGUCUUUACAGGUGUUGUUGAGUAUUUGUCUAUAAAGGAGGAUUGCCCUAGUGUAGAAUCUAUUCCACCUAAUCUCCGUCAGUCGUUGAUAUGUCAUUGUGGCAAAUUAAAAUAUGUGCCCACAGGAGGAUUUCACCGCCUCACUCGUUUGAAGACGCUCACAAUUGGUCCCUUCUGGGAGGAGCUGGGCGCCUUCCCUGAUUUUCAGCUUCCACCUAAUUCACAACUUGAAGAGUUAAGGUUGGUGGGGUGGCCUAAGCUCAAGUCUCUGCCCCAACAAAUUCAGCACUCUACUUUUUUAAAAACUCUCCGGAUAGGACAGUUUAUGGGACUAGAGGCUCUUCCUGAGUGGUUGGGAAAUCUUACAUCUCUUGAGACUCUACAUAUCUGGAGGUGUGAGAAUCUCAAGUAUCUACCUACGGAAAAUGCUAUGAAAAGCCUCACCAAAUUGAAGGAUCUCUCCAUUUUCGGAUGUCCCCUGCUCGAAGAAAGAUGCACCAAGGAAACUGGCCCAGAAUGGCCCAAGAUUUCUCACAUCCUAGAUCUUCGGUUGCGAUGAAGCUACGGAAUGCCCCUUAAUGAACUAGAAUGUCUGUUCAUGUUACAAGGUUAAUCAAUUCCCAAUUGCCAGAAAUUUAUCCCUAAAGAUGGGUGUUAAUCAGGACCAGCUAUGAGAAUGAGAAGUUGUAAAUUAUCCACCUAAAGUGGAAGCUAUGCAAACAAAAGAUGAGGACAGCUGACAUGAGUGGCUGACUUCUAAUAUUCCAAAGGUAGAUUGUCUGCAUUGAAGCUAUGAGAGACCUUCUUAAACUAGCACAGUGGGAUAUUCAUGGGGUUCAAGUUCCAGGGGAAGCAUGUGCCUUGAGUGUUUAAAAUUUCAGUUGUGCAUGAUUACUUCCAUUGAUGUUCUAAGUUAAACCAGUUCCUAAAAUCAUUCAUUUGUAAUUUCUCACCAGGCCCCUGUCCUGCUCAAAUGGAAGAACAGCUUAACUUGACAUGGUCCAAACAAAGUUCCGAUUGUCCCAAGGAUUAAGGAAUUGGAGUACCCAAAUCGUGAUCUCAAGUGGCUGCUCACUACUAGAAAUUUCCCCAAUAGGGACUAACCAGUAGCCACCAUAAUCGAUCGGUGUCAUUUUGAAACAGUUUCACACCAUUAUAAAACUUCAGUGACUUGUUUUGCUCAUGCCACUGUACAUCAGUGUGUAAUGGGCUUUAACACCGACAUAAGUGCCAAUUUUGGUAGUUUUAUCAUUUAAAAGAUAAUAUUGAACCCAAUAAUAUGUUAUAAAUAUUCUUAAAAAAUUAGAUUCAGACUUUAAAAGAUGUGCAGGCUUUACUUUAUCAUAAGAAAAUAAUAGUGAUCGAAUAAAAAGCUAAUAAUUGAGCUCCCAACCACUCAUACCUAUAAGCUCGGUUCUCACACUCAUUUACUCAAUUUUGAGUUAUGAAAAUUGAAACCAAAAGCUUAUCUCUUUCUCUUCCUUGUUCCACCAACCACUCAUACCAAUUCUGUCACUUCCUCUUCCUCCCAAAAUCACUAAGGCUUAGUUUGGGAUUGCUGUGCUGUGAGAAGAAACACUUCCGAACUUGUUGUGAGAGGAAACACUUCCGAACUUGCUGUGAGAAGAAACACUUCCGAACUUGCUGUGAG